UCUCUCCACUGGAACUUAUAUCUACUCUACGCCUACACACACCCACAAGGAAGACACACACACGCUCUAACUUGCUCUAUAGCCUCUUCGGUGGGCAAAUCUAGCAGACUGCAGAUGAGAGCUUCGUUAUUGUGUGUCUAUGAUGGUACUUUAAACUGUUGGUCAUCUAUAACAUAUAGCUCACGUGGUGUACAUCAGAUUAAGCAAAUUUCAGUUUCGAGAGCUUGUGUUUGGAAAUGGUUUGGCUCCGUGGAUCUAAAGUGCUGUCCCUGCUGUUGACAGUGUCUCUCUGUCUCUGUGUGUCACCUUCUCUAGACACAGGUGCCGUAGAGUUGAAGUACACCAAGACUCCUAUGGUUGGGACUGAGGGCAUGCCCUUGAGGCUCACGUGUAAGGCAGUGUAUGACACAAAAGAAUGUGGUCGUAUUGAUGCCUUUUGGUGUCAUCACACUUUGGAAGAGUGUCCCAAGCUCAUUGACCUCGGCAAGUACCUCACUGUUGUCAACGAGAAGGUUAUGGAGGAAUACAAUGUCAGACAAAGACACGUUGUAACAGACUUCAUAGAACUGACCCCUGCUGACCGAGGAGUCUAUCAGUGCAAUGCAGUAUGUGAAAUGGGAGGCCAUACUGCCAUGGGACACUACAUAAAUAUCACGGUCAAAGCAGCUCCAAUAGUUGAUCAAAGAAAGGCCAACAAUGGUGGACUGAACUGGACAUACAGCACUGGAACAAUACUGUGGUCCCUUCUCCUAAUACUGGAGUUACUUGAGGUUAAUCAUUGAGCUGGUCUGGUAGCUGAUGGCAGAUGGCGUCAAGGCUGAAAAUGACCUAUCAAUUAUAAUGGAGAUACCAUCUACGAUACAGAUUUACAGUAUAUCAAACCCAAACAUUUAACUGAAUUGUUUUACAUAUGUACAAAUAAGGUGCCUUUUGGCUCAAAAGACUACAACAUUUAUAGUCAUUGGCUAAUAGUUUACUUAACAUUUACGAAAAAUAAAAAUGUGUUAUAAACCAGCUUCAAACAUGUAUGUUGGAAGACAGGAGGGUUUGUACUACUUAAAUUAAAAUUCAAUUUCAUGGAA